AUGUCUUCAGAGUUUGAUAAGUUCAAUGAGUGCUUAAAGGCAUCCUUUUGGAAGAAUGUCAAAAACAACCGUGCAGAGCGUAAAGCCAACGGCACUGCACUCAAAGUAGAUACAAAAUCCGAACCCAAGAAUGAAUCGAAGCCAGAGACGCAAACGGCACCGCCGCAGCAAGCACAGCCGCAGCCACAGCAGGUGCGGCUCGCUCCCGUUGUGUACAGCGCCAAGUGUGAAUCGGCUAUUAAUGCAUCCCUGCAGGAGUUGCUGGAAAAAGAUCCGAAAUGUGAUGAAUAUGAUGACUAUGUUCCGCCGCGAGCCCCAAAAACGCCACCGAUUGAAGAUUACGAUGACAUGAUACUUCGACCACAGACGCCCAUGGAAAUUCCCAACAUGGACGAUGUUGUCGAAAUAUCAGACUCUCCAGAACGGUCCAAUAGGCGUAUGCACGAAAAACUUCUUUCAAAAGAAUCCAAAUCUGACGAGUUAUUGCAGGAAAAGCUGUGGCAAUACUUUGGUCACCGCGAUUUCAAGAGCCAGCUGCAAAAGGAGGCUAUUGAAACCAUAAUAGCCCGAACGCGAGAUGUAUACGUCUCGAUGCCCACUGGGGCCGGCAAGUCGCUGUGCUUUCAGCUGCCUGGCGUAAUGCAAGAUAACAAGGUAACCAUCGUAUUCUCUCCCCUGCUAGCGCUGAUCAAAGAUCAGUUAGACAUGCUUGCUCGCAUAAAGAUCCCGGCUGACUCGAUAAAUUCAAAAAUGAAUGUCCGAGAUCGCGAACGGGUGAUAAACGAUCUGAAGAGCGUUAAAACCGAUAUACGUUUUCUGUAUAUCACACCCGAGCAAGCCACAACUGCUACUUUCAAAGAGAUUAUGCUACAGUUGGUGAAAUUCCGAAAAGUGGCAUAUGUUGUCGUUGACGAAGCGCAUUGCGUCAGCGAGUGGGGCCACGAUUUUCGGCCGGAUUACUUGAAGCUUGGCAUUCUGCGUGAAGAAUAUCCCUCCAUACCCUGGAUCGCUCUGACAGCAACUGCUUCCAAACAUGUCGUAGAAGACAUUUUUCGGAACCUUAAGUUAAAAGAACCGGUUGCGAAAUUCAAAACGCAUUGCUUUCGGCACAAUCUUUACUACGACAUAGUAUUCAAGAACUCUAUCCAAGACGAUUACUUGCAUUUGAAGGAGUACAUUGAAAGCAUCCUUGGUAAACAGGAUGAAGUGAAACCGAGCAAACGUGCAUGCGGAAUUAUAUACUGUCGUACACGCGAAAACACAGAGCGCGUCGCAACAAGCCUAACGAAGCUGGGCCUUCGGACGGUACCGUACCACGCUGGGUUAAAGCAAUCCGAACGUGAUCAGGUGCAAGAAGACUGGAUGGAGGGAAAGUACGUCGCUAUAGUGGCCACUAUCAGCUUUGGGAUGGGGGUUGACAAAGGCUCAGUUCGAUUCGUAAUACACUGGGACAACCCCCAGAACGUGGCUGCUUACUAUCAGGAAUCUGGUAGAGCGGGUCGCGAUGGAAAAAAAUCCUAUUGCCGCAUUUACCAUUGCCGCGAACAGUGUAAAUCUAUCGAUUUCCUUUUGCGCCAAGACUUACAGAAGUGUAAAGACACAGCCAAGGAGGAAAGUGCCAAGCAAGCUGUAAAGAACUUUGAAAAAAUGGUCGAAUUCUGUGAAACCGCUCGCUGUCGACACCGGCUAUUUACAGACUAUUUCGGUGACGAUCCGCCCGAUUGCCGGAACAUGUGCGAUGUGUGCACCAACCCGAAGAAGGUCCAAAAAGCCAUAGACUACUUCCAGCAGCUGGCCUACAGUGGAAAGCUGAAAACGAUGACGGCCUACGACGAUGAUCCAUCCGAUUUGUACGGAGGUGGGCGAAAAGGAUACGAUAAUGACUACUACGACGGAAGCAGUAGCAAUUACAGUGAUGGUCGUGAUAAGCGCAAACAAAGUGAAUCCGCGUUGAUGAUUCAAAAACAAUUUGCUCUGCGUAAGGCAGCUGCUGCCAAGGAUAUGAGCAUGCAACGUUCGGCCACUAUCGGGCGUGUAAAAUUUGCCAUGCAAACGCCAGUGAAAGUAAGUGGCUUGACGAUUGCUACGCGAGAAACCUACGUCACUACUUUGGCGGAUCUGAUGAAGAAAAACAUUGAAAGCUGUAAAGGUAUCGAGGAGACGGAUUACAGUCUCGUCUACAAAGACUACGAGGAUAUAGCCGUCGAAAUGGAGUACGAGGCAUUCACCAAAAAUACCGUCAAAAGCUUGUACCACCGUGCGAUUGUUAAGCUGGUAACGUCGAUGAAAACGGCCGUAGCAGAAAAAAUGAUACACCCAAGGGUUAAAGAGUACUGUCCGAAGCACCGUGCUAGCUUGGGCGGUGACUAUCGGACGAUUGAAGCCGAUCUGAAACGUAAAUAUGGCGAAAGCAUCGUGGAGGAAUUGCGCUCGGAUGGACACGAGAAAAAGCAUGACUCUCAUCAUCACCACCAUCAUCAUCAUCACCGAAGCGAGCGCAACGGAGAUCGUAAGCGAAGCACGAAACUAUCGUCAAAAUCAGGUACCUCACGUGAUCGUAGCGGUCUCAGCCAGCCGUCGAUAAAUUCCUACUUCAGCGCCAAAAACAGCACCUCUUCCGCUACGAUGCUGAGUGGAGGAGGAUCUGGAGUAAUGACCAUCGACGACGGUGAUAUGUGGGAUGAUGACGGGAGAAAGGAGGGUGGGCGAUCGAGCAAUACUCAACUGGCUCCGCCGGAACCAGCUCCUUUGUCAAGGGUACGAUCACCACAGUCACCUCCGGCUUCUCCUGCUUCGCCUCGAACACCUCGAUCCCCACGCUCGCCACGAUCUCCGAGAUCCCCGCGUUCGCCAACUACUCCACGGUCACCACGUUCCCCAUCUGUAGAGUACGUAUCGAACGAACCGUACCAGGAAAGUCAAUCCCACAGACUUAGCGAACACGGUGAUCGCCAUAGACGAUCAACGUCAGAUACGCGGACAACUUCGAAAGAUCGUGCGUAUCGCGAGCGAUCUCGAUCCGGAUCGAGAGGGUACUCGAGUGAGAGGUCUCGGAACAAGCAAAAGUCCUCUUCAUCCUACAAGCGUUCACGCGAAAGCAGUCGAUCGUACUCCCGGGAGCGAUCCUAUUCGUAUCGAUCAGGCAGUUCGCGCUCCAGGGACUGGGAGGAAGAUGAGGUUGCCCGACGACGCAAGCGCAAAUAUGAGGAUGAAGAGUAUGACCGCGAGUACGAGCGAGCCCCAGUCAAGUCGCGUAACUAUGAUGACGACUACGAAACUAACAACAAGCAGCAUCAUCACCCCACCAGAAGGCCUCCCUCGCCGGAGGAGGAGUUCACUUACGCGGCCCCCAAGAAACGGAUAUCGCACUACGUCGAUAGCGCAGGUACUGCUGGCAGCGGUUAUUCUAAGAGUGCAGUCUAUGGUUCUGCUGGAGCGUCGUCUUCCGGGUACAACAGUUAUGGGCCCAUGAAAGGGGCAGGUGGUGGUGCUGGCGGAGCUAAUUCACAAAUAUUAAACAAUGAAGACAUGUGGGACGACGAACCGGAGCCGUCGUCCUCGAACACCCGAACAAAGGAUCAGCCUCCUUCGCCGCCAGCAUCACCGCCACCUCCAUCAUCGCCUCCGCCACCAUCAUCACCGGCACCGUUGUCACCGUCGCCGGAACCAGAAUAUAUGCACACGAAAUAUGUGCCACCGUCGCCGGCGCAUCGCCCACCGUCACCAUCUCCGCUGCCACUGCAGUCUACUAUACAUCACGAUAAGCACCCAAAGCGUACCUACGACCAUCGGUCGCCGUACGACGGUGUACUCGACCCACGGCUGGCAGGAACGCCCAAAAGCCCACCCUUCUCCCAGAUGGGUGGCACACCAAACGCCUCCUCCGUGAUAGGUGCGAAGACCUUGAACUCACUGCAGUUCACGACGGCGGCGCAAAUCCAUUCCUUACAGAACAAACCGUCAAUGCCAGUGAACGCAUCCCAAGCGGGAGGAUCGUCUGUGAUCGGUAAUUCGGUAGGUGUAGGAAUGAUGCAAACCGCUUGCGUAAAGCAAACCUGCAUGAGUACAUCGACCGUAAACAAUGUGGCGAAUGCAUCCACUGCCCAGCAACUCGUGUCGGGGUCCGCUGGCCUUACGCCGGGUCCAGUUCAGCCUGAUUCGGCGGGCUCUACGCCGUCUGGAUCCCAGCUGGCCGAGAUGGAGAAAAAGAAGAAGAACCUGGCCAGCUGCGUGAUACACUUCCUGAUGCCGUACUAUCGCGAUCAAAAAAUCGAAACGAAGGAGCUAUUCAAAGGGUUGGCGAGAAAGAUUUCGCACAAGUUCUUCGAGGCCGAUGUAACUGCGGAACGAAAGGUGAAAAAAUACAUCGACGACAUGAUGGCCCACAAAGGCAUAAUCUCGAGCGAAGCGGAUUUUCCCAAAUAGAAACGACGCAAAGCGCGUUCGCGCGCGUUCAAAUCCCGAUCAUACAGACGGCACUGUAGCUGAGUGAACGUCGAGUGCGUGGAUGCGUCGAUGUCUAUAAUGUAAUUUAAAGCAUGUUCUGUACAUACUAGAUUCUAAACGGCAAAUCUGCUACCCUGCAUGACUAUUUAGACACAUGUGCUGGUGGCCAACGAGGAAAGUGCAUAUUCCAUUGUUGUUACGUAUUGUCAGGUCUAAUAGUCUACCAAGCCCAACCGUCUCCUGUGUACAAUUCUGAGUGUGACAGACGUUUGAAUCUUUUUUUCCUUUUUUUUUGCGAAUAGCAAAAAGGAAAACAUCCUUGGCCACCGAUGCCGCCCCAUCGUCGGUGUAGAUGCGUUCAGUUUGGAGAUGGUUUUUUAGAACUCUGUUUAUAUGUAUCCCGUUUUUGGGUCGCGUUAAGGCCCUUAGUUCACCGUUUUGAAAAGGAAAACUGAAAGCAUGCAGAGGGCCACCAUUAUUGCACACAAACACUAAUUACCUAUAGUGCGCGGACAUCCUGUAAGUUUGUGUGAAUAAAGAUAUCUUCAGA